GCCUCUGCAAGCGCGCCGCUUCCGCUUCCCACCCACGGCAGCCGAUGGGAUGCUGCUGGCGGAAUGUUUGAGGCGGGCUCUUCACGGGGACCCAGGUGUUGGGACAACGUCCACGGACUGCUAGUCUUUAUCGCCACAGUAUUACAACACAUCAGCUUUAGCUGCUGCUGAGCCAUAUUGGUCGCAGGGGUCUGCGGACGGGCAGACGACGCAGCUCGAUCAGCGCUGCUGGGUGUAGAAGAAGCCUACACGGAAGUUACUGGAUGGGAGUUCUUUUCCAUAAGUUCACGAUGGAGACACGCGUUUUUCUACUCCUUUUCGCAGUUUUCACCUGUGGAGUCGCACAGGUAGAAGAAAAUGGAGCGGUGGAGGAGCUGCAGGUGGAGACACUGGUGAAGCCUGAAACUUGCUCCGCAUUCUCCAGAAUGGGAGACACACUGCAAAUCCACUACACGGGCAAACUGAUGGACGGAAAGGUGAUCGACUCGUCACUAUCCCGGGACCCUCUUGUUGUCGAGCUGGGGAAGAGGACGGUUAUUCACGGUCUAGAACAAAGCUUGGUUGGUGUGUGUGAAGGGCAAAAAAUCAAAGCCACUAUUCCAUCUCACCUGGCAUAUGGAAAAAAAGGUUACCCCCCUACAAUUCCAGGUGAUGCUGCUCUUGAAUUCGAAGUGGAGGUGAUUUCUCUGUCACAGCAGACGCCGUGGCAGAAGAUGGUCAACGAUGUUUUCCCCCUCCUGUGUUUGGCCCUGGUGCCCACCCUGCUUGCCUUGGUGGGACUUUACCUUUACAAAAAGGCCAAUGCCCAGAAGCCCAGCAAAAAGAAGGCAAAAGAUAAGAAGAGCAAGAAGAAAUAAGGACACAGCACAAAACUAUUUAAAUAAAAUUUUUAAAUGA